GGUGACUUUGUGCAUUUAGUUUUCAUGAGUCUUCAUUUUCAAGUUUGAAACAAAGGUUAUUUUUUCAGGGACCUAAGUGUUUAUUUACUGCUUGAAACGUAUAUUUUUUUGUUUUUUGCUUCAGUUCGAUUUUGUUCAUCUCCAUAUUAUUUUAUAUUAAUUUUCUUGUUUCUUAGAAUAUUUUUCUCUUUCACUUAUAUAACGUAGUAACCGAUUCUUUUUUUGUCGCAUUUUCAUUUCUAUUCAUGCAUUACUUGACAUAUUUUUUUUUGGCCAUUGAUUGCAUCUUUUUUUUUUUAUAGUAGUUAGUUAAGAAUUAAUGUAGAUGACAGAUUGGCUACCGAAGACAAAUGGCUGAAUAGGAGUUUGUCUCCAAAUUUUUAGUACUUCCAUUGAAAUCGUAGAUACAUGUAAAGCGAUAUCAUAAAUAAGUUUCAGUUAUAUACUUCAUAAGGUUCGAGCUUAUAUUGAUUUUGUUUUUCGAUAUUUUCGCAUAUACAAAAUUGAACAGAUUGAAAAGAUAUAUUUUUAAAUGUAAUAUCUAAAUUUCUAUUGAACAUGUAUUGUACUCAAUUGAUACCUUUGUUAAGAGGGUGCAUUCUUAGUAAAAUUUUAGAAAAAAUUAUCAAAUUUCGUUUUUGCAUUCUCUUUCAUUAGACAUAUUUUACACCUUAAACACUUUCUUAAUAAUGAUGUCAACUGAGUAUAGUCAAUAUUGGAUGAUAGUUCACAUGUUAUAAAAAUUGGAAAAAUACGAAAAAAGAAACACAUUUAAAUGUAGCAGAGUUAUUUUUUUUUUCGUUAUAUCUUUACAUGUUAUUCAAGACCCUUCCACUCAAAAAAAGUCGAUUUUUCUGAAAAACAUGAAAAAUUGACAUCAAUUUUGCCAUACGAUUCGUGGUCCGAAGCAGAAAACAAAAACUAACUACGAGUGUAGGGAAUGCAAUGUUGGCUUGUGCGUAGCAUCAUGUUUUGAGACCUGUCCUACAUUUGAACACUUCUAAUAAAAAUUAUAUUAUAAAUAGCGAAGCUCUGUGAUUGCUAGGAUUUUCAACAACAAAAACAGUCCUUUUGAUUUCCAACUGCACAAACUUUUAACAGCCUGUAAUAAGGACUACUUUUCAAUUAAAUACGAAUAAGUUUUUUGCUAAAAAUAAUCUCACCGCGAAAGGAUUAAUCUUGAGAUAUAAUUCGAUUCGUUAUAAUUCUUUUAAUAUUUCCUCAUUCUCAUGUCUUUCUUUUUACGUAAAUCUUCACUAUUCACAUGUUAGGACAUGGUAAAAACUCUUCUCUAUGAUACGGACUAGAAAUCUGAAAAUGUAGGGUGAUAUUCGACUAGUUAUAAGGGAUUAUACUUCCAGCUUUGAACGUUUUUGCAUUUAUAAUAAGAGAGAAUGACUCAUUUUCUUAGAAUGGCCAAGACUUUUUGAACACUCUAUAUGAUCUUACUAAGAUCCUAUUAACAUACUGAAUCCUUAACAUUCCCCGAGAAACAUAGAAAUUACGUUUGACAUUUGUUAUUCAACAUCCUCCCGACAAGAUGCAGAUAGAAUCUUCUUAGGAUUUUUCUAGUUUAGGAGUUUCACAUUGUUCAUUAUUUUAUUCCAUAAGAUUCUGAAUUAUCGCAAUUUCGAAUAAAAUUCUCAGAUUCCUAGGUUUUUCUUUCGAAAGCUUGCAUCGAAUUAGCAUUGUUCUUUCUCGCAAAAAAACUCCUUACAGCAAUCUCAUGGUGUAGUUUUUCUGGUCAAAAAGAUCUUGGUAAGAAGUAGAAGUAACAUAGAUGUAAGAAUCGUUACGAAAUCCGUCUUUUUCAUAGAAAACUAAGAAAAAACUUCUGAAUUUUUCUCUGCGAAAAGAAUAUUCUCGAAACUUUUACCUAAUUCCCUUCCAAGAAGACGUAUGUCUCCUAAAUAGCUCUUUCUCCCGCGAGAGAGGGAUACAUUUCUUGGACAACGACGAUUCCUUUUCUUUUUCGUUCAUUGUAGUAAUUCCUAAUAUUCCAGUCAAUGCCCGAUGGGCACAGAAUGGAGUGACCGUUGCUGGAGGCCAUGGAUACGGCAGUGCCACUAAUCAAAUCUACUGGCCUUCUGGUCUCAUUGUUGAUAAUGAUCAAACGAUGGUCAUCGUUGACUGCUACAAUCAUCGCAUCAUCCAAUGGAAGGUGGGUGAUACGAAUGGACGAGUGGUAGCUGGUGGGCAUGGCGAAGGAAAUCGAUUGGAUCAAUUGUAUCGUCCAACCGAUGUGUUGAUCGACAAAGAGACGGAUAGUCUUAUUAUUUCUGAUCGAGGCAAUCGACGCGUCGUACGAUGGUCUCUUCGUAGUGGCACAACUCAAGGUGAAAUUCUUAUUAACUACAUCGAGUGUUAUGGAUUGGCCAUAGAUGAACAGAGAUAUCUCUACGUCUCUGAUGUCGAAAAAAAUGAAGUACGACGAUAUCAAAUAGGAGACAAAAAUGGAACUCUAGUAGCUGGUGGAAAUGGCACAGGUGCUGAUCUCAAUCAAUUCAACGGACCGAGAUACAUCUUUGUCGAUCAACAACAAGCUGUCUAUGUAUCAGACUACCACAAUCAUCGUGUAAUGAAAUGGAAUAAAGGUGGAAAAGAAGGAAUUGUCGUCGCUGGAGGUCAAGGCAAAGGCGAUACUCUGACACAAUUGGCACAUCCUAAAGGGCUGUUCGUCGAUACAUUGGGUACCAUCUAUGUGGCAGACUGGAGGAAUAAUCGAGUGAUGCGUUGGCCUAAAGGAGCAAAUCAGGGCACUGUCAUAGCAGGUGGAAAUGGUCAAGGACCAGGAGCAAAUCAGUUCAAUUUUCUCGGUGCUCUGUCCUUCGAUCGACAUGGGAAUCUCUAUGUCGUCGAUUGGGAGAAUCAUCGUGUUCAACGUUUUUCAAUGACAUAA